AUGUGUGCGUAUAGUGGCAGAUCUAUCUAUCUAUCUAUCUAUCUAUCUAUCUAUCUAUCUAUCUAUAUAUAUAUAAUGAAUUUCUCGCUCGAUAUCUGUGUCUCUCUCUCUCUCUGUAUAUCUCUCUCUGUCUCUCUGUUUCAUUUACUUCUUCGUAUCUAUCUAUAUCUCAUGGCUAUCACUUCCAGCCUCUGCCCAUGGCUAUCACUUCCAGCCUCUGCCCAUGGCUAUCACUUCCAGCCUCUGCCCAUGGCUAUCACUUCCAGCCUCUGCCCAUGGCUAUCACUUCCAGCCUCUGCCCAUGGUUAUCACUUCCAGCCUCUGCCCAUGGCUAUCACUUCCAGCCUCUGCCCAUGGCUAUCACUUCCAGCCUCUGCCCAUGGCUAUCACUUCCAGCCUCUGCCCAUGGCUAUCACUUCCAGCCUCUGCCCAUGGCUAUCACUUCCAGCCUCUGCCCAUGGCUAUCACUUCCAGCCUCUGCCCAUGGCUAUCACUUCCAGCCUCUGCCCAUGGCUAUCACUUCCAGCCUCUGCCCAUGGCUAUCACUUCCAGCCUCUGCCCAUGGCUAUCACUUCCAGCCUCUGCCCAUGGCUAUCACUUCCAGCCUCUGCCCAUGGCUAUCACUUCCAGCCUCUGCCCAUGGCUAUCACUUCCAGCCUCUGCCCAUGGCUAUCACUUCCAGCCUCUGCCCAUGGCUAUCACCAGGUCAUUUGA